ACGGAGGAAAUGCUGAAAGAAGUGAAGGUAAACUAUGAGGCCCAGCCACAAGCCGAGGCGUUUUUGCACAAAGUUCGCAAAAUUAUCAUCGAGAUCCCAGUCUCAAAGAAAAGUCGAGAGUACACGCACGACCAGUGCGCAAUCGGCGAUGUCAAAACACCCCUGCCAAGGUUAGCAAAGACCCCGGUCUCAUUCAGCUUCCAGACGCCCACAUCCGUUAAUCUCGUGGGCAGUUAUCUUCUACGCACGCAAGCCAAACCGGUACUCUCCAUAGACGUGGCCGUGGAAAUGCCGAUUGCCCUGUUCCAGGAGAAGGACUUUAUGAAUUACAGAUACCACGCCAAACGAUCACUGUAUCUUGCCACCGUUGCCAGCGCAUUGAAGAAAGCUCUGCCCGAACUCAAUGACCACGCAGACCACAUGCGGUUCAUAGACUGGCAGUGCGACGCAAACACACCGGUGUUAGAACUGCACCCUGUCUUGCAAUCGGAGGACGCCAGUAAGAACAAGACAGGCAAGAAGAAGUCCCGUGCCAAGAAGCCGUGCAAGUUUGUGGUGCGCAUCAUCCCGUCUCUGGCCACGGACGCGUUCUCGGCCAGUCGUUUGGGGCCCAACAGAAAUGCAGUCCGUCGGCGUGCUGUUGCCAGUGCUCUGGGUGGAGAGAAUGUGCAAGACGACGAUGGCGCUGACGAAGUGAGUACGCCGCACUACAACGCAGCAGUCCUUAGAGACAUGUAUUACAACACACACAUGACUGAACUACACCACGCCAUUGAGAAGACCCCUGGCAUGACAGAUGCCAUCAUUAUGCUCAAGGUCAGUGGGUUGCUUGUGAGGGUUGUGUAUAUUGUAUGGGUGUUGAGGUCAGUGGGUUGCUUGUGA